AUGGCCGACCAUACAGUCGACGAGCAGGCGCCUCUGCUUGGGGCUGGCUCCAGACGCGUCCCGCCGGCGGACGCAGCAGCACCACCAUCACAACAGACAGCAUCAUCCUCUUCCGCGGCAUGCUUACAAAGGCUCGCCCGCCGUGUCGUCCGCUUGACAAUAGCCGAACGGGUCGUCCUCGUUGACUUUGUCUUUAUUUUCAUUGUCCACGUCGCCGCUGGCACCGCCAUUCCAGCCAUCAGCAGCAUGAUCGAGGCCAUUAUCUGCCGCCAGCGCUACGGCGACACAUGGGUCGUCGGCCCCGGCGGCUCCGGCAGGGCCGCAGAUCCCCGCUGCAAAGCCCCCGCUAUCCAGGGCCGUCUGUCGCAAGUGCUCGGCUGGCAGACCGCGCUCGAGUGCAUCCCCAACAUUCUCUUCUCGCUGCCCUACGGCAUCUUGGCCGACAACCUGGGCCGCAAACCCGUUCUGCUGCUGGCCUGGGCCGGGCUCACCUUCCAAUAUGGGUGGUACUUGACCGUAUUUUACUUUGCGAGUGUCUUUCCGCUCCGGGCGCUCUGGCUCUCGCCGCUGUUUGGGUCUGUCGGCUGCUUCCAGUCCGUUGGUCCGGCCAUGGCGUUCACGGUGCUGGCCGACGUCACGCCGCAGGCCGAGCGUGCCAACCGCUACUUCCGGCUGACGGCCGUAUUCCUGGUGGCCGAACUCAUUGCCAACCCCUUGAGUGGCACGCUGCUGCUGUGGGGUGGCCACUGGAUGCCGCUGAUGGCAGCUUUCGUGGCCUUGCUUGUGAGCGGCCUGGUGCUGCUGCUGCUGCCCGAGACGCUCCACUUUGACCCGACGGCUGGCAAGGCAGCCGCAGUUGGUUCUGGGGAGACGGCGUCAGUACGUGCCGCCUCGGACUCGGACACGUGCGCCGAUGACGACCCGCCGCCGUCCGCUGUCGCGAUAUCACCCCCGCCGAAGAGGAGUCAAAUUGGCUCUGCCUGGCAGAGAUUCCUGCACCUGCUGCGCACGGACGCUCGCGCCACCUCGCUUUUCAUGCUCCGCAACCGCCCGCUCCUGCUGCUCUUGCUCCCCUUUGUCUCGUCCACCGUCGCCCGUUUUGCGCAGACCCUGUUGCUCCAGUACGCCACCGAACGAUACGCCUGGUCCUGGAGCCAGGCCGCCUUCUUGUUGACCAUCGGCAGCACCACCAAUCUCGUGCUCUGCGUCGUCCUCCUCCCGCUGGCGAGCACCGUGCUGCUCAAGAGCGGGCCCCUCCUUGGCAUCGACGGCUCCCCUCUCCGCAAGGACCUCUGGAUUGCCCGUGUUUCGGGUACCUUGAUUGUGUUUGGCGCGCUCCUCAUUGCCUUUGCCGCCACGCCUUGGCUGCUGUCCAUGGCCCUCGUCGUCUUUUCGCUGGGCGGCGGCUACUCGCCUGCCAUGCGCAGCCUGCUGAACGCCUUUGUCGAGCCGCACCACUUGGCCAUGCUCAACGCCUUGCUGGGCCUGCUCGAGUACAGCGGCAUCAUGGUCACCACGCCCGUCCUGUUUGGCGCCCUGCAGCGCGGCGUCGUACUCGGCGGUCUCUGGGCGGGCUUGCCGUUCAUCAUUGCGGCAGGCGUGUGCUUCGUGGGCACGUUCGUCGUGGUCGUCUUCCGCAUCCCGCUGCCGAUGCUCCAGAGAGAAGCAGGGCUGGCGGCCGAGACAGAGGCCCGGCGACAGCCGGAUGAGAGCACAGCGUCGUCCGCGUCGGAAACCGAGGUUGUGUAA